GACACGGGAAACACGUGUCCACACACUUCGGAAUAUAGAUUUUGUUGAGGAGUUUUGCCUGAGUUUGGAAAACAUUAGGGGAGGAUUACCUUCAAACUAUUAUGGACACAAUCUGUUACCAUAUUUACACAUUUCCGUGUGACACGGCAGAGAAGUGCAUAGAGUAUUUAUAGGAACCGGCUUUUAUAACGCUUUCAGCGGACUCGAGCAAGUAUGGAAAUCGAUGGGAAUUCAUUGUUUGUGGAGAUUCACCCACAUCAUCAUGAAGCAGGAAUAGCAAAGCGACGGAAACUUUUUUGAUCAGUGCUGAGUGUUUUUGUUCUUUAUAUUUUAAAUGAAUAUAUUUUUUUAAAGAAAAUAAAAAUCGGUGUGUUUUUAAUCAAAUACAAGUGGAAAGAAAUUUCAAGCGAGAGCCUGUGAGAAAAGAAGCUGUCCCAUGUAACGAAACGUAAUAGUUUAAGUUUGUUUUUAGCUAGUUUUAUAUAGAUUUUUUUUGUAGUCCUAGUUUUUGUACAAAUACUAUAUCAUCAAUUGGGUGUAUGUAUAUAAGGCACCCGAUAUAACUUUUGAAGCCAUGUCUGAGAGAAAAUUGUAAGCGGUUUUUAACAAGUUUUACGAAGUUGUUUAGGCUACUACACCUAAAGAUGAGGUCUUCUUUGGCUCCCGGCAUUAGACUGAUCACGUCCUUCUCAAGAGACAGCUGGUACCGAGGUUUCACCCUCUUCCUCACCUUCCUCUUCUAUACCAGCUACCAUCUCUCCCGGAAACCCAUCAGCAUCAUUAAGAGUCAGCUGCACAGAAAUUGUUCCACCCUCAUUCGACCUCCAAACCUCAAUGGAACUGACAAUGAAACCUGGUGUGACUGGGUGCCCUUUGACCAGGACAACUACAAGACACUGUUUGGAGCCGUGGACAACUCCUUCCUGGUUGCUUAUGCCAUUGGCAUGUUUUUCAGUGGGAUAUUUGGAGAGCGCGUGCCCCUGCGCUACUACUUGACCAUCGGUAUGCUUCUCAGUGGUCUCUUCACAUGUCUGUUAGGCCUGGGCUUCUACUUGAACAUCCACUCAAUAUGGUACUACGCCUUCUUCCAGGCAAUGAAUGGACUGGUGCAGACGACAGGCUGGCCUGCAGUGGUGGCCUGCGUUGGGAACUGGUUCGGAAAAGGGAAGCGAGGAUUCAUCAUGGGUGUCUGGAACUCCCACACCUCGGUAGGCAACAUACUGGGCUCACUCAUCGCUGGCGUCUUCGUAUCUUCGGCCUGGGGCAUGUCCUUCAUCGUGCCUGGCACCAUCAUCGCCUCCACUGGCGUUCUCUGUUUCUUCUUCCUGGUGGAGAAACCAGAAGAUAUCGGUUGCAGCCCUCCACAACACCAUGAGGACAAUGAGAAGGAGCCUCUCUUACAGAACUCAUCCAGUAAUGAGGAGAUCUUCAGCAGUCCUGGCCAGUCCAACUCUAUCUCCUCUGAGCCGGCAGAGGAGCACACCAAGGCCAUCAGCUUCUGUGGGGCCCUCAGGAUACCUGGCGUGAUGGAGUUCUCCCUCUGUCUUCUGUUCGCUAAGCUCGUUAGCUACACCUUCCUCUACUGGCUUCCCCUCUACAUUGCUAACGUUGCCCAUUUUGACCCCAAGGAAGCUGGGGACAUGUCAACACUAUUUGAUGUAGGAGGAAUUGUUGGGGGCAUCGUGGCUGGACUGGUGUCGGACCAAACUGGGGGCAGAGCCUCUACCUGCUGUGUCAUGUUAAUCCUGGCUGCCCCUAUGCUGUUCCUGUACAACCACAUUGGACAGCAUAGCCUAGCAACCACAAUCGGGAUGCUGUUGGUGUGCGGAGCCCUGGUGAACGGACCCUACGCCCUCAUCACCACCGCUGUGUCUGCUGACCUGGGGACGCAUGAGAGCCUGAGAGGAAAUUCUAGAGCAUUGUCAACGGUCACUGCAAUUAUUGACGGCACAGGGUCAAUAGGUGCCGCCCUAGGUCCUCUGUUAGCAGGGCUGAUCUCUCCGACGGGAUGGAACAAUGUCUUUUUCAUGCUGAUCACUGCUGAUAUCCUCGCCUGUUUGCUGCUGUCCAGGCUGGUGUAUAAAGAGGUGAGGGGCUGGUGUGGACACAGCCCCAGACAUAGAGGGUUCAAAGAAAUCUGAGUGGCUGCCUGGGACAAGAGACCGUAUCACACCUGCGAGGAAGGGCGCAGGAAAAAUUACCCAGUAAUAAUCCCUGAGGCACACCGUGAUUCAUACAGUACUGGUCCUUUCAUCCUUCAGCCUUAAUGGAUCCAUACCUCGUCACCAGCAGAUGAAAGGAGCUGAAAAAGGAGGAAGGGGACAUUGAUAUUCUGGGACCGUCUGACAGAGAGAACAUGUCCCUUCCUCAAGUGACCGCAAAGCUCUUUCUCUUUUAAACCCCCAAAAAUACACUUUAAAAAUAGUUUUUUAUAGACUGUCUCUCUCAGUGCUGUGUGCAUCUUUCAUGUUUUAUCAUUACAAUUCUGUGCACACUGUGCCUUUCCCCAAUCUCCCCUCCAGUUGACAUCACAUACCAGUAUUGGGCAAGUUGAAUUCAGGGGGAGAUCCCUUUUGCACAGCCGAGGGAUGCCAAACUACAUAAGCAGUAAAGGAGGAUUUUCAAGGUAAUCAAGGGCUGUGGAGGUGAAUGUCAUCACCAACAAAAACUCAACAGAUAAGGAAAAGUUUGCUGACUGAUCAAAAAAAAUCUGUCUGCACCAUCACAUUAUUCCAUUUGUCUCUGAUGCAAAUGUUUGUUGAAAUGUUUAUUGAUCAAUGAUUAGAAGUUUUUAUCCUCCAUGUGCACUUCGUUGUUUUGUUUUUGACUCCACCCCUCCUAGCCGGCCUCGUCGUCAAUUUUGAGCAGGGUAUGUGAUGAUACUGAUGGUUUGUCUGGACUAAACGUUUUUACGGUUGUGGCUAGAUAACGAGUUCCCAAACAUUUUUUGUCCCACGACCCCUUUCAAUUUUGUUUGUGACGCCCCCCCUGCCCACCAUGUAAUUUUUUUUUAAAAAGUUUUGCCAAACGGCCAACAUUUACUUUUUUAAAUUGUCUAUAACCGUCUAUUACAAAUCAGUCUGACAGCACUUUUGACAGUAUUUCAAUCUGAAGGAAGUAUAGUUUGAAAUGACUAAAAUGCAUCAGAAAGGUAUUGGGAAGUUCAGAAGAUCAUCAGUCAAUAAUUCUGUGUAGAAAAGAAUACCAUCAUUGAUGACC